UCCUGAUUGGUUGUUACGGAUUUCCUAGAACAUUUCUAUUGGCUGCCGGGUUGCGAGGACGAAAUUGAAAUAGCGUCCAAAAAACGCUUAAAGACACUUCCUCCAGUCAGUAGUGGUUGCGGUAUUAAAGUGUUUGAUUCUUCGAUGAUAUGGGGGACGACCCGGAGCCACAUGUCACUCCAGACACACCAGGGAGAACCUCAAUAAGGAAUCCAUUUGAAAGUCCCAAUGACUACCGCCACCUCCGCGAGCCCCUGGUUCCCAGUCCGUCUGUUUUCAAGUUAUCCCAAGCUGCUCCCUCCGGGUUCAAUUGGUCAAUCGAGGAUAUGGCCAGUCUGCUUCCAGUGCACAUCGAUCCAGAGGAGAUUCAGCGACAGUCAUUUUACCUCAGCCAAACGAGGAUGGACUCGGACAUUGAAGAAAAACGUCAGAAUGCUAUCGAGCAGUUUUUUACCAAAGGACCAAUUGUGCCUUCUCCAUGGUCUACGUCAGACCCCCGUAGAAUACCUCACGCAUCUAAGACCUGGUCUCUGUCUCCGAUGCUGGAGGAGUCAGAAAAAAAAUCAGUUGCCUCUCAGACGAUUCUCUCGUUACCGGUGGCCUUUGAUUUGGAGAGACUUCUCGGGGAAUAUUACCGCACCGAGGAAGCGGCGAGCGAUGGCGCUCACGAGAGCCUGAGCCAGUCCUCCUUGAGGCGUAAACUUUUCCUGGAUGGCCACAGCAGCUGCAGCGGCUCCGACAGCUCCGGUCCACCGAGCCCAGACCGAGGGCAUUCUCGGGAAGUGAGGCCGUUGACCCAGGGAGAAGAUUUUGUGGGUCAAGCUGCCAUGUUUUCAUCCCCUGUAUCCUGCGGUGUGUCUGCUUCAACGCCCUCUACGAGUCAGUUCUCAUCCAGUCCCAUCCAGACCGGCUGCUUCCGGGACUGCAGCAGCGCCAGCCCGCUCUUCCCUGAUAAGUCAUCCCCUGCGGACGCGGCCUCGCCCAUCGUUUCACCCAUCGUCGCACAUACCCAGCGCACACCCACAGGCCCAGCCGAGUGGAAGCGACCUUGCAGUUUGACUCCCCACAGCAUCCCCCUGGACGUGAACGUCGCCUCCUUUGCCAUGAGUCCGGACGUGGAGGGCUGCUCUCCCAUCCGGAGCUGUUCUCCACACCAGCGCCACCCCCGAGCGAAUCCCAGGCCUCGAUUCCGUUGCUGCACCACCCCGCCCCGAAUUGCCCCCGUCCUCAAUCCCAAACUACCAGACGCCCAGGAGGCCGAGGACCCACCACCGGCCGGACUCUCGAUGGAUUGUGAUCUAUCCUCCCCUCUGGCUCGGGGCAAUAGUGCUCCCGGUGUGGAGAACUUGGGAUUCGGUGACACUGUGAAGAUGGAGAACGAGCAGGAGUUCAGGAUGGAGGAGAAACUGGAAGAAGAGGAUGAGGAGGGGGCCAACGGGGGUCUCUCCGGACGGCUGACCAGCUCUCGGAUGGGCAACGUGUCGUCGGCCACGGAAAACUCCCAAAUGUGUCUCUCUCUUUUGACGGAGCGCAGCAGUAUACGCUAUGAUUCCAGUAUGCAGGUGGACAGCGGCUACCAAACGACCUCGACGACGGCCGGCAGUCUGAUCGACGGCCUCGCCUCCGACUAUCACGGCAAAGAGUCCUUCAGCGCCAAUCUCGCCGACGAGACCUCCCACCUCACCAAAACCUCGAAAGUCAAGGUGUGGUAUCCUCAUCACUGAACUGUUUCAUGCACGCAUCAAGAGGGAAACCCACUUCUUACAGUUUUUUUCUUUUUAAAACAGUUCUUUAGUUCUCCACAAAUGUUACGGGAGGCAUUAAAUCAGGUUGUGCAGCGAGUUAUCACACGGCAUUGCCGGCAAAUCUGUGGAAAAGUAGCUGGCCGCGGUUUUAUGAGGUGCUGCCGUAAUCAUGCAGGCGAUAUCAAAAAUGUGCUGUAUUUUUU